AUGAGAGUCGUUGUACUAGCCCUGGCUCUAGCCCUUGUGGCUGGCCAACACCCCAACUUGGCUCCGACAUUUGCUCCUGGAAACACCUAUGAGUACGAUUACCAGGCCAGGAUCAUGGGCGGUCUGUUAGAGCAGGACCUGGCCAGUGCUGGUCUGAAGCUGCAAAGCCGAGUCAAGAUCAGUGUUGACCAGCAGACCGAACACGGUGCUGUCCUCCUGCUUCAGCUUGAGAACCCUCAGGUGUUUGAGCACAGUGGUGUGUGGCAGAAAGACACCUUCAGCCAAACUCAGCUCCGUGCAGAUCUGGCAGCUCACCUCAGAACACCCAUCAAGUUCAAGUAUCAGGAUGGGAUUGUGAGAGAGCUCCUAGCCCCCGAAAGUGUGCCCACAAUGGUGCUCAACAUCCACAGGGGAAUCCUCAACAUCUUCCAGCUGACCAUCAAGCAAAGACAGAACGACUAUGAACUGCAGGAGGAGGGAGCCCAGGGUGUGUGCAAGACCCAUUAUGCCAUCAUUGAGAGAGAGCCUGGCAGCAUCCAUGUGGUCAAGAGCAGAGAUCUGAACCAAUGCCAGGAAAGGGUCAGACGUGACAUCGGGUUGGCAUACACUAGGACUUGCCAUCAUUGCCAGAAGGAUUCUACAAACCUGAGGGAUAUCUCUGGAUAUGAAUACAAAUUGAAGCAGGGGCCAAAUGGUCACAUCAUCGAGGAGGUGUCUGUGAGAGAAAACAUUCAGUUCUCGCCUUUCAAUGAGCUGAACGGUGCUGCCACCCUGGAAACCAAACAACAUCUGAAAUACAUUGAGACCAAACAGGCUCGUAUUGUCCCUGCCAAUUCAGAGUACCGUAAUCGUGGUUCCCUGAAGUAUGAGUUCUCCACUGAACUUAUGCAGAGUCCAAUCCGCAUCCUUAAGAUGUCAGACACGCAGGAACAGAUUGAAGGAAUCCUGAAUCACCUGGUUGCCGAUAACAGACACAACGUACACGAAGAUGCUCCUCUCAAGUUUUUGGAACUUAUCCAGCUCCUGCGUCGAGCUGAAUUAAGUAAACUGCGCACCCUGUUGAAUACCCAAGGACCAGCGAGGAAGUGGUUUGUGGAUGCCAUUCCCUACAUCGGAACAGAGGCGGCUUUGGAACUUGCCAUGGAGGAGAUUAAAAAACCCAAGCAUCAUGUUAGUGAAGCCAUGGAAGCCCUCCAGAUUUUGGUUGGUGUUCUGCACAUGCUAGAGCCAAGCAGGGAAAACGUGGAAAAGGUUAAGAGUUACAUUGAAACACAAAAAGAUGCAGCAGGAGUUGUGCGGAAGUCUCUGCUUCUCGGCUAUGGAGGUCUCUUCCACAGACACUGUGAGAGGGCUGAAUGCAAGGAGGAUCUUAUUCAGCCAAUCCAGAAACACUUGGAACAAGCCUUAGCUACGGAAAACACAGAUGAACUGGUUCUGUCGGCAAAGGUUUUGGCUAAUGCUGCUCACCCUUGGAUCAUCAAAUCUAUCACAAAGCUCCUUCCAAUUCAUGGCACCAAAGGACGUACACUGUCCAAGAGAGUUCACAUUGAAGCCAUCUUGGCACUGAGAAGCCUUGCCAAGCUGAACCUUAAAGAGGUCCAAAUCCAUGCUAUGCAACUGUACAUGGACACAACCCUGGAGCCUGAGCUGCGUACACUUGCUGUCAUUACACUCUUUGAGACCAAACCUUCCGUAGCCACUGUGACUCGUGUUGCCAAACUUGUCAAGUCUGAUCCAAGCGAGGCAGUGUCCAGCUUCACGUAUUCUCUUAUCAAGUCUCUGUCUAAAAGCAUGGACCACUCAAUGGCUGCUGUGGCCAAUGUUGGUCUCAGAUUCAUGGGCCAAAGGAAACAGAACAUGAAGCUCAGCAAGGCUUUCCUCCUGGACUACUAUAGCCAUCCUUUGACACUUGGUGCGGCUGCAAGCAUUUAUACCAUCAACGAUGCUGCUACCAUCCUCCCCAAGACAGUUAUAGCAAAGACUACUGCCUUCUUUGCUGGAGCAGCUGCUGAUCUCAUUGAGAUUGGAGUCAGAUCUGAGGGAUUCCAGGAACACUUUUUGAAAAAAGAGGUUUCUGAUUCUUCUGAACAAAGUGCCAAGAUGAAGCGCAUCCUGAAGGCGCUCCACAACUGGAAGGCUAUGCCCACCAGUCAAAUGCUGGGUUCCGUUUACGUCAAGGUUUUGGGACAGACUGUUGCUUUUGUUGACAUCGACAAACAGGUUAUUGAACAAGCAAUUCAGAUGUCCUCUGAGUUGGGCAUGACCAGCAUGCAAACCCUCCGGAACCUGGUCCAUAACGGUGUCUCCGCACACUGGGCCAAGGCAAUGAUGCCCGCUGAGAUCAGACGCAUCAUGCCCACAGCCGCCGGUCUGCCCAUGGAGCUCGCCCUCUACACUGUUGCUGUCACGGUAGCAGAUGUUCAGGCUAAAUUCACAACUAGCUUGGACAAGAACUUCCAACUUGAAAACAUUCUGAGUCAAAAGAAUUCUGAGAUUCAGACUCAGAUCAAGCCCAGCAUCGCCCUCAACACAUUUGCUGUGAUGGGAAUAAAUUCUGACAUUGCUCAGGUUGCCAUGGUCUCAAGAGCCAAGGCCAAGAUCCAUAUGCCCAGCGAAAUCCAUGCAACUCUGGACUUUGUGGACAAAAACUUCAAGAUCAAGGCUCUUCCAAUAGCCCUUCCUGAAAAUGUUGUAGCCGCUGUUGAUAUUGAAACUGUGGCCAUUGCAAGACGUGCCAAAAAGACGACUCCUCUGAUCCCUGAAGAGAUUUCUUCUCACAGCUCAAGAAGUUCUUCUGCCAGCUCCUCCGAUUCUCAGGAUGUGCGGGAUAACAGACCAGUUCAGGACAGAACAGCUUCCAACUCCAGAAAACGCAGAAAUGACAAGAAAUACUGCAUCAGUUCCGCUGGAGUAAAAUCCUGCCUGAGAAUCGCUUCUCACAACGCCAAGUUCCUUCAGAACUCUGCUCUGUACAAACUGGCUGGGAACCACCUUGUUCGUCUUUCUCUUCAACAAUCUGAAACAGAAGUGGUUGAGAAGUACGAAGUGGAACUCCAAAUUGGAGCCAAGGGUGAUGGGAAACUCCAGAAGCCCAUUAACUUGAACAUGGAGGAGAUCCCAGAGGGCACGCCUAUUCUCUCUAAGCUCAAGAGAAUCCUGACUCCUGGUCUGAAAAGCAACAGGACAUCUAGCUCCUCCAGCAGCUCCAGCUCAGUGAGUCACAGCAGACGUCGCUCUUCCUCCUCUUCAUCUCACUCUGGGAUGGGCAGAAAGAUUAUCAACGCUAAAAAGUUCCUUGGCGAUUUCGGUCACACUUCUUUUGUGUUGAUCCUCCGCGCCACUACAAAUAACAAGAACAAGAGUCCAAUGGGCUAUCAAAUUGCAGCCUAUGAGGACCAGAGUGAGAGCCGAGUACAGAUGGUCAUCACCACCCUGGAUCGUCAUAGCAACUGGAGGCUGUCCGCUGAUGCCGCAGCACUGAGCCAGAACAAAGUUUCUGCUAAGAUUUCUUGGGGAGAACCAAGCAAGAUAUAUGAUGCCCUGAUCACAGCUGAGUCUGGCCUGGUUGAGCAGAAGAUGGCAGCACGUGUGAGAUUGGCUUGGAAGAGACUGCCCACUGCUGUUGUCAGAAACGUCCAACGGAUUUUCAAGAUCUACAGCUGCAGAGUUUCUUCCUACCUGUCCAGCUUCAAAAAGCAAAGGAGAUCAGAAAACACAAAGCAGAUCUCUUUCACUGUGGUUGCUGAGUCUAAGAAACAGCUCAACAUCAUUCUAAAAUCAGUGAAAUCUGUGUACAGCCACACUGUGACUCUUCCCAUGUCUCUGCCACUCGAAAACAUCAGAGAAAUGGCGCCAUAUGAAAAUGUGAAAGAUAAUAUUCACUAUCUCCUGGCAAAGUCCACUGGAGCUCAGUGCAAAGUUGAAAGUGGCCGGAUUCAGUCUUUCAACGGCAAAUCAUACAGUCCCCACAUCUUAACCUGCUACCAGCUGCUGGCCCAGGAGUGCACAGAUGAUCUCAAGUUUGUUGUUCUUAUGAAGAAGGAUAACGGCAUCACGAUCAGUGUGAUGAUUGACUCAAAGGAUUAUGUCAUGUCCAUUAAAGAAGGUGUUCCAGCUGUUACCCUCAAUGGUGUAAAAAUCCAGAGCCUGCCAUACGAGCAAGCUAACAUAAGGAUUAAGCAGGUGGGCAGUAAACUGCAUUUCCUCGCUCCCGAUUUUGGCAUCACUGAGCUCACCUUCGGCCAAGAUCAGAUCGAGAUUGACAUCCCUGAUCAUUUGAGGAACAAAGUUUGCGGCCUCUGUGGACAAGCCAAUGGAGAUCAGAAAAGCGACCACCGCAUGCCCUCUGGUCGUAGGUCCGAAGACUCCAUCAGCUUUGCCCAUUCCUGGACUCUGCCUUCCCAGAGCUGCAGUGAUGAGUCUGGUUGCCGUUUGGCACAAGAGAAGGUUGAAUUGAGUAGAGACAUUAACAUCCACGGUGUGCGGUCCAAAUGCUUGUCCGUUGAACCCGUGUUGCGCUGUAGACAAGGCUGCUCUGCCACAAGGACCGCCCAGAGCAAAGUGGGUUUCAGCUGCAGGCCCUACGGUGAAAACUCCAACGUUCGCGAGGACAUCAUCGACAUAACCGAGAUGGUGGAGACUCAUCUUGACUGCACUUGCACGCCUCGUUGUGCUUAG